UGUUUCGCUUUGACAGUUCAUCCCUUCACUAUUGCUUCAUCACAUAUUUUGCAAUUUAUUUCAAGAUGAACGUGGUGUUGGCUGUGAAGCAGUAUGUCUCCAAAAUGAUAGAUGACAGUGGACCAGGCAUGAAAGUCCUAUUGAUGGAUAAGGAAACGACGAGUGUAGUCAGCAUGGUGUAUGCCCAGUCUGAGAUAUUACAGAAGGAAGUGUAUAUGUUUGAGAGGAUUGAUUCUGGUGGUAGAGAGACCAUGAAACAUCUCAAGUGUAUUGCCUUUAUGCGGCCCACUAAGGAAAAUGUAGAGAUGCUUGCUCAAGAGCUGAGGACUCCUAAGUAUGGACUAUACUAUGUCUAUUUCAGCAAUGUGAUCAGUAAGCAGGAUGUCAAGACUCUGGCAGAGGCAGAUGAUCAGGAAGUGGUGAGGGAAGUACAGGAAUUUUUUGCAGAUUACAUUGCUGUCAAUCCACAUCUGUUUUCACUGAACAUCAGCCAGUGUUGUAAGGGGUUAAACUGGGAAACUCGCUCGCUGACGCGCACAGUCCAAGGUCUCACCUCAGUGCUGCUGUCCCUGAAGAAAUGUCCAAUGAUCCGAUACCAAAACUCCUCAGAGAUGGCAAGACGCUUGGCUGAACUUGUGCGACAAAUGAUCAACAAAGAAGCAGGGCUGUUUGAGUUCCGGAAAACGGAUGUGCCACCAGUGUUAAUGAUCCUGGACAGACGAGAUGACUGUGUGACACCCCUCCUUAACCAGUGGACGUAUCAAGCCAUGGUGCAUGAAUUACUGGGCAUUAAAAACAACAGAACCAAUCUAUCCAGUGUUCCUGGUGUGUCACGUGACCUACAGGAAGUGGUUCUGUCAGCUGAGCACGACGAGUUUUACGCAAAUAAUAUGUACUGUAACUUUGGGGAAAUAGGAACAAAUAUUAAAUCCUUGAUGGAGGAGUUCCAGAGGAAAUCCAAAAGUCAGGCUAAAGUGGAGUCUAUAGCAGAUAUGAAGGCUUUUGUAGAGAACUAUCCCCAGUUUAAGAAGAUGUCUGGGACAGUGGCUAAACAUGUGACAGUGGUCGGGGAAUUGUCACGACUGGUUGGCUCCCACUGUCUGCUGGAGGUGUCCGAGUGUGAGCAGGAACUGGCCUGUCAGGGAGACCACUCAGCCAGCUUGCAGAAAAUCAAAAGUUUGCUGAGCAAUGAACGAAUUACGUCGGUGGACAUGUUGAGGUUAGUGAUGCUUUAUGCACUGAGAUAUGAGAGACACAGUAAUAAUGAUGUGUCAGGACUGGUGGAUGCCCUGGGCCGGAGAGGAGUGACAGACAGACAGAGAAAGCUGGUUGGAGCUCUCCUGGACUAUGGAGGUAUGAAAGCUAGAGGCAGUGAUUUGUUUGGAUCAAACCAGGAUCCUGUUGCCAUGACAAAGAGAUUCCUCAAAGGUUUAAAGGGUGUGGAGAAUGUGUACACACAGCACAAACCUUUACUACACACCGUACUGGAUCAGUUGAUUAAGGGAAAGCUUAGGGAGUCAAGUUAUCCUUACCUGGGCACGGGGCAGCUGAGAGACAGGCCACAGGACAUAGUGGUAUUCAUCAUAGGUGGGACGACAUAUGAAGAGGCUCUGACAGUUCACAAUUUUAACAGAUCUACACCUGGAGUUAGAAUAGUACUGGGAGGAACAUAUGUACACAACUUCAAAAGUUUCCUGGAGGAGAUCUCACAGGCUGUGGAGGGUCAGGAGCCUAGUCGACUGAGCACACGAGGCAACCGAUGGUGAAGAAGUGGCAGAAUUAAAGGAGGGUUGGUAUAUGUGCAUCGCUAUAGACAGUGCAAGGUGCCAGGAAUAUUCCUGCAGCAGGUUAGUGAGGCCUGGGAGGUCCCCUCCAGCAGUAAAAGUUUACAUUCCAUUCAUAUGCAGGAAAUGCUGAUCAACUGGAAAGAUAACCAGAAAUAAAGGAGCUUGAUCUGCUGGAUGGUUAACUGAAGGGCUUGUGGGAUAGGAAAGAUACAAGAGGCCGUGAUACAGGCGGAUGGAGCUGAUAAGCUGGUCGUGUACCUGGAUGAUAACUGUAUAUGUGAAGAGUAUUUUUUAGUCUGCUAUUGACACAUGUUGUCACAUCAUACUAAAUUUUAUAUAUCUCUUAUGGUUAUUUACACGCAUGUCCUGUUUUUAAGAAUGUGACUGGGCCUAUGAAGAUAGGUGUAAAAAAGGAAGUCAGCUAUCAAAAAGUUGGGAGAGCAAAUGCAAAUUUAUGGAGAAAGGUCCAUGACUGCAAUUAGUUUGAUGUCUUGGCAUGAAUGGAUUUUAUCCUUUUUUUUUGUGCGUGAACUCUUCAUAUGAUAGGGCGAUUUUUUCUGAUGCAGAUGUGCCUGUGUACAAUGAUGUUGUCUACAGGAUA